CGCAAUGAACAACUGCGCAUUGUUGCCAUUGGAAACAAACAUCAACUGUGGCUGAACUUUAUUUUUUAAUGUGAAGCCUCUCCAAACUUGGUUUCUGAAACAAGAAUUUAGUGGAUUGGAUUUUAAACAGCCACUAUGUCAAUAGCAAUUGCCCAACCCCGGCACAUAUUUGGCGUGAAGCCUGGGGUGAAUGGAACUAUAUGCUACCAUGAUGAACAGACUAUCGUCUAUCCUGCUGGGUCAAAUUGUAUUUUAUACAAUAUUGAUCAGAAGACCCAGAGAUUUAUACCAGGGACUGAUAAGAGUGAUGGCAUGACAUGUCUUGCCGUCAGUCCAAACAGAAGAUAUGUCGCCAUUGCAGAAAAGGGUGAAAAGCCAACAAUCACUGUGUAUGAUCUGCACUCCUUAAGGAAGAAAAAAGUUCUAAGUUGUCCUGAUAUUGUCUCGGCCGAAUAUGUCAGUCUCGCUUUCUCACCAGAUUCUAAAUACCUGGUGGCACAGGGUGGUAAACCAGACUGGACUUUAUUAUACUGGACCUGGGAAAAAUCAAAAGUCAUGGCAACGGCCAAAACAUCAAAUCCACAAAAUACAGCAGAUAUUUAUCAGGUGAGUUUUAAUCCCCAAGAUAAUACCCAGCUAUGCGUUGUUGGAAAUGGAAUCUUUAAACAUUUUCGCUACAGUGAGGGUAAUCUGAAGCCGUUCAAUUUUCAAAAAGUUGAACCACAGAACUAUCUGUGUCAUGCCUGGGUAUCAGAAGAACGUGUUGUGGUUGGAACUGAUAGUGGUAAAUUGAUGCUGUUUGAAGCUGGGGAACUGAAGACUGAAAUAUCCAGUGGUUCACAUAAGGAUGAUAGUAAAGAUGGUGAUGCUUCUGCUGCUCAAGUUGGACCUCCUCAAAUAACAGCUAUUGUAGCUUAUUCUAAAGGUUUCGCCAGCGCUUAUGGACAAGGAACCGUUCAUUUAUUUGAGAAAACAGACGAUAAAGAUUUUUAUAAAAAGACAAGAGAAAUAAAGGUACCAGCAGAUAGCAACACAACAGACCCCAGUAAAUCACAACAACAGAUUAUAAAAUGUCUGACAGUCAGUCCAUCCGAAGAAACAUUGGUAGCCUCAACAGAUUUUAGUCAAUUGUAUUAUCUGACAUUAUCCAGCGCUGAUCUUGGCAAGCAUGGAGACCAGGCAACGUUUGAAGUUCUCGCCCAGGCGUUUCAUUAUGGUCAAAUUAUGGGUUUAGAUGUUUGUAUUAGAAAACCAUUGAUGGCUACAGCAUCUUUAGAUAGAUCAGUUAGAAUCUGGAACUAUGAAACAUGUAAUUUAGAGUUGUAUAAAGAAUUUGCUGAAGAAGCGUACAGUAUAGCUCUUCAUCCAUCUGGUCUGUAUAUACUCGUCGGUUUCUCCGAUAAACUACGACUCAUGAACGUUCUAAUUGAUGACAUCAGAACAUUCAAGGAGUUUACAGUUCGAGGAUGUCGAGAGUGUGCUUUUAGUAAUGGAGGACAUUAUUUCGCUGCCGUUCAUGGAAACGUCAUUCAGAUUUAUUCAACCACAACUUUUGAAAACAUCGCAAAUUUGAAAGGUCAUAACGGUAAAGUUCGUUCCAUGGUGUGGAGUUCCGAUGAUAGUAGAAUUAUAUCAUGUGGAAUGGACGGAGCCGUUUAUGAAUGGGAAAUCAGCACUGGUAAAAGACAGUCAGAAAUCGUGCUCAAGUCUUGUAGCUACACUGGAGUAGCCGUAGCACCAGACGGCAAAACAACUUUCGCUGUUGGCUCCGAUAAAACUCUGAAAGAAAUUGCUGAUUCUGCUAUCACCCGUGCGGUGCCAACUGGUGAGAUGACGUUAAGUAAUGUUGCUCUGUCUCAUUCUGGUCGAAUGUUGUUCGCUGGCACAGUUAGAGGUACCCUCUGGUCUAUGAAGUUUCCACUAACGAUUCCUGGAGAAUGGCAGGAACAUCAAGGACACAGUUCCAUGAUUAUAAAGAUGAAAAUAACAUAA